GAGCGGGCGCCGCCAUGAUGGCGGCGGCGGAGGGGUGGCGGCGCCGGCUGGGCCGGGAGGCCCGAGCCAGCCUGGCCGCUUUCCUGCUGGGCGCGUCCGUGGCGGCGCUGCCGGCGGCGCUGGGCUCCCCCGCGGCCGCCAUGGGCUCGCCCGGGCUGCGGGGCCGCAUGGCCAUAGCGCUGCACGGAGCGGGCGUCAACGCUGCGCUGCUGCUGCUCUACCCGCGGCCGCUCUACAAGGUCGCCGUCCGGGCCUGCUUCCUGGGCUUCGCCUUCGGCUGCGGGCUGCUGCUGAGCGCCGGCCGCUCCGCAUGGCGGCACUUCGGCUGGUACAUGUGCUCCCUGUCGCUGUUCCACUACUCCGAGUACCUGGUGACGGCCAUCAACAACCCCCGCAGCCUGUCGCUGGACUCCUUCCUGCUCAACCACAGCUUCGAGUACAACCUGGCCGCGCUCUCCUCCUGGGUGGAGUUCACGCUGGAGAAGAUCCUGUUCCCAGAGCUGAAGCAGAUCACCUGGCUGAGCACCGUGGGGCUGCUGAUGGUGAUCUUUGGGGACUGCCUGAGGAAAGCAGCCAUGCUCACAGCCGGCUCCAACUUCAACCACAUAGUGCAGAAUGAGAAGUCAGAUACUCACACUCUGGUGACCAGCGGGGUCUACGGGUGGUUCCGGCACCCAUCCUAUGUGGGAUGGUUUUACUGGAGUAUUGGAACACAGGUGCUGCUCUGCAACCCCAUCUGCGUGGUGGGCUAUGCCCUGGCAUCCUGGCGCUUCUUCCGGGAGCGGAUCGAGGAGGAGGAGAUCACCCUCAUUCACUUCUUUGGAGAAGAGUACCUGGAGUACAAAAGGAAGGUGCCAUCGGGUCUGCCUUUUAUUAAAGGAGUCAAAGUGGAGCUGUAAUGCAGGUGCAAACCAGCCUGGCAGAGCGGACGCUGGGCUCCAGGCGCCGCGGGGCGAGGGAGGAUGCGUGGCACCGGCACCGGGAUGGCACAUCCCGGCUGCCCAGGAGGAGCUGGCGAGGGGCUGUGGGUCAAUACAUGAUCACAAGCUCCUUCGCUCUCCUCGAGAUCAGUCCUUUGUUGCACAUUCAGGGAUCUUCCAGAUAACUUAGCCUGUAGCGACCCUAAAGAGAACAGAGCCCUCCUGCCUGCUGAAUGGUACUGGAACGCCUCCGGGCACAGCUCUGCCCUCCCCAUGCAGGAAAGGCCCCUGGCAGCAGGUCCUUCCUGUGGCAUAAUCCCAUUCUAGAGCUUUCUGACCUCGCAAGCCGGUGGCACAGCGUUAAUCCCUAUAGGCCCCAUUCCACAAGCUGUUGCUGGGGUGAGUGCAGGAGCCGGCUCUGGCUCUGCGGGCACAGGGAGCUGCCCUCUGCCUGCUGGGGACCCUGGCACCGGCCGGCUCCAUCCCAGGCAUCUCACAGGGAGAACCCUUCCAAGCACGUCUGACACGUGGCAAUGGGGUCCUGCUCCCUCCUCCCUCUGCUGCGGGUUUGGGAGCUGCUGUUCCCACUGCCUCCGUUCCCUCUCCCUGCUUCCAAAUCGGCUGCUUCCUCUCCUGCCAUCCUGCAGGGAUCCCAGGGGUUGGGUUGGGAGAGGACAGCGGCUGCUGGGCUCACCCAGGGCUUUAGAGCUCCAGAUCCUUGCCUGCUUCUAUGGGCCAUAGCUGGGAUGUCGGCACCGGCAGGAGCUGCUUCUAGGGGACUUCUCCAAAGGGGGAUAAAGCCUGGCUAGCUAAUGCUAUUUUAGACAUUGCCAUUUUGGAAAUGGUUCCUACUCGAGCUUUGUGGUAUAACUUACCCUGUCCUUAUAUACCAAAGAGGAUCACUGUUUUCUUGAGUUUUGUGUUAAUUCUUCCUAGCUGGAAUGGAAACGAGCUGCUCAUCGGUUCACGCUUGGGGCUUGCAGGGUGCCUUGGUGGAGGUGCUGUGGAAUGGCUCAGGAAAGGGGGGUGCUGAUGGAAAUGGCUUUGGUUUGAUUUUGACUUCUUUUUAUAUAAAAACCAAGAGAAGAUCU